AUGGCGGCAGCGGCUCCAGCUGUCGGUGGAGGGAUUCGCGUGCAGGAAGUGAGCGAUGUGAAUCGCGUGGAGCGCAUUGCGGCGCAUUCGCACAUCCGCGGUUUGGGCCUCACUGAUUCCCUCCAGCCGCGCAAAUUCUCUCAGGGCAUGGUUGGACAGCCCGACGCGAGGAAAGCCGCCGGUCUCGUUUGCAAACUCGUGAAGGCUGGCCGCAUCGCAGGUCGCGCCGUGCUCCUCGCGGGGCAACCAGGCAGCGGCAAAACCGCCAUCGCCAUGGCGGUGGCAAAAGAGCUCGGAGAAUCGACGCCGUUCACUCACAUCAGCGGCAGCGAGAUUUUCAGCCUGGAGAUGUCGAAAACGGAGGCGUUGACGCAGGCCUUUCGCCGCUCCAUCAACGUCCUCAUCAAGCAGGAGGCGGAAAUCAUUGAAGGAGAGGUCGUCGAAAUCGAGAUCAACAGACCGACAAGCGCCAAGGCCGGCCAGCCCUCUGCGCGCACAGGCCGCAUGAUGCUCAAGACUACGGAGAUGGAGACGCUUUACGACUUGGGCACAAAAAUGAUAGAUGCUCUAACGAAAGAAGGCGUCACUGCUGGAGACGUUAUCACCAUCGACAAGAGCACGGGCAAAGUGACUCGAGUUGGACGAGGGUUCUCGAGAGCGAAAGACUACGACGCCGUCGGCCCCGCCACGCGCUUUGUCCAGUGCCCGGAAGGCGAACUGCAGAAACGCAAGGAGGUGGUGCACUCCGUGACGCUUCACGAGAUCGACGUCAUCAACAGCCGCGCACAAGGCUUCCUCGCGCUCUUCGCGGGAGACACGGGCGAGAUCAAGAGCGAAGUGCGCGAGCAGAUAGACCAGAAAGUCGCUGACUGGCGCGCCGAAAACAAGGCCGAAGUCGUUCCCGGUGUCCUCUUCAUCGACGAAGUGCACAUGCUCGACAUUGAGUGUUUCUCCUUCCUCAACAGAGCCCUCGAGCACGAGACCUCGCCGAUCGUCAUCAUGGCCACGAAUCGCGGAAUCACCACCAUCCGAGGCACCGACUAUAAGUCGCCCCACGGCAUUCCUCUCGACCUUCUCGACCGUACCCUCAUUAUCCCUACGCAGCCCUACGAAGAAAAGGAUAUGCUCAAAAUCAUUGAGCUUCGUGCAGAAGAAGAAGACGUGGAGCUGGAGGAGAGCGCGCGGCUUCUCCUCUGCAAAAUUGCGGCGGAGUGUUCGCUGCGCUAUGCCCUCCACCUCAUCACAGUCGCGAAUCUCGUCUGCCGCAAACGCCGCGGCUCUGUCGUCACUGUCCAGGACAUUCGGCGCGUGUACUCGCUCUUCAUGGACGUAAAACGGUCGACUCAGUACCUCGUGGAAUACCAGCAAGAAUUCAUGUUCUCAGAGCUCCCUGGCGGACCGGCUGGAGAGUCGCCCUCGCAGGCGGUGCGAAACGCGGUGCGCGACGGCCAAGCCGCGGAGGCGGAGAAGGCGACGGGGGCCGAAGGGGAAGCACAAAGGAUGGAAACUGGAGAAGACAGCGAAAUGGCCUGA